CUGAACGCCUGAUGGAGGACCUCCCUGCCCAGCCCUCCAGCCCCAGGGGGCUGACCUACGGGGUGGCCGCUUCGCAGGUCCUGGGCCUGGCUGUCAUCACCAUGACGGGGGCCUGGCUGGGCCAGUACCAGGGGGGGCUGGCCUGGGAAAACGCCUCCCUCCAGUUCAACGUCCACCCGCUCUGCAUGGUCAUCGGCCUGGUUUUCCUGCAAGGCGACGCCCUCCUCGUCUACCGCGUCUUCCGAAACGAGAGCAAGCGCUCCACCAAGGUCCUGCACGGCCUCCUCCACGCCCUCGCUCUCAUCGUCGCGCUGGUUGGCUUGAUCGCCGUCUUCCAGAGCCACCAGAAGAAGGGCUACCCGGACAUGUACAGCCUGCACAGCUGGUGUGGCAUCACCGCCUUUGGCCUCUACUUUGUCCAGUGGCUGCUUGGCUUGGGCUUCUUCCUCUUCCCGGGGGCCUCCUUCGCACUCCGCAGCAGGUACAAACCCCAGCACGUCUUUUUCGGAGGCUUCCUGCUCACCCUCUCCAUCGCCACCGCCCUGCUUGGGAUUCUGGAACUGCUGCUCUUCAGAAUCAAGGAUUCCUACAGUUCCUUUGCCCCCGAGGGGGUGCUUGCCAACAUCCUGGGCCUGCUCCUGGUGGCUUUCGGGGCUGUGGUGGGCUACGUCCUGACCCGGGAAGAGUGGAAGAGGCCCCCCGUGGCGGAGGAGCUGGCGUUGUCUAUGGAUUUCAAGAACCUCACCGAUGAAAGCAGCCUGGCCAGCCCCCGUUGAGCCCCCCCGCCCCUCCCUCCCUCCCUCCUCACCUUUAUGUGUCCAGAUGGGGCUUGGCUAACCAAGCAUGCUCUAACCUCUGACCCCUUCCCCCCGCCACGCGUGUGCCUCUUGCUCGUGUGUAAGCAGUCCUUCGCCCUCCCUUGCUCAGCAUUUUUGCAGCCGUGUUCUGUGUUCGGGCCAUGUCCGACUCUUGGUGGCAGCUGGGAUCCCCCCCCUUCUGCCCAGUCCCUCCCUCCAUCCCUCCCUCUGCGUAUGAACCCUGUGUAUGAACAGGCACAUGCGGUGCCAUGUUUCAGGGGAGGCGGGGGGCAGCCUCCUUUUUCCUGGACCAAGGGAGGCAUCUCCACUCCGGCCAUCAGCUGCUCAAGGUCAUCAGCAGCAGCCCGGCUGGGUCAGGUGUUGUGGGGGCCCCCGUGAGCCAUGAGGUCACCUGUGGGAGGCCGAAGGUGGGACUGUGGCUUUGGCUGCUCAGCACCUCAGCCUGCGGUAGUGGCGGGGCAGAGUCGUGGGGAAGAAAUCCCCCCCCCUCUGUCACUGCUCCCCUCCCAGUGCCUUGAGGCCCCCCCGCCCCCCCUCCCAGUGGAGGAGGGUUUCCCCGACCUCUAUCCUGGGUUUUCAGGAAAGUCCUUCGCUUGCCUGUAGCUGCCCUGGGAUGAUCAUUUUCUGAGGAGCAGCAAGACAACUGAGUCUCCCCACAGCCUUGCUCAGUACGGGCCGGCCCCCCUUUUCCGUCUCCUUGGGGCAGGCCUUUGGGCCACCCUCCUCUCUCUCCACCCACCAGGAAAACAGUUGGAGAGAAAAGCCACGUGGUGGUGGUGGUGGGGGCAGCUGGAACGCUCCCUUCCAGCCUUGCACGCUCUGGAAGUGUUGAACCACCACCACCCCCCGACCCCAUCAGGAAGAAAGAGGGUCCGGCUGACCCUGUCCUUGCCCAGGCGAUGUUUCAAGAAGCUGAAGGAGGCCAAAAGGUCCCCUGGGCUGGCGGGGUGGAAUGACGUGUUUUCCUGGGUUAAUCUUUUCCCCGCAGGCAGGCAGGCACCGUGGAGGGCAAACGCUGAAACCACACUUAGAAAUGGCAAAAGGAGAAGAAGCUGGUUCUUGUGAGAAGAGCACGGGGCCUGCCUGUUGCCUUAAUACCGCUUAAUAUUGCCUUAAUAUUUCGUGUGUCCUGGCCAGUCUGUGUCCAUGGCGUUUGGUACGUGUGCUGGAUUCCAAUAAAUAUUCGCAGAGAGAAG